AUGGCCGACAUUCGCAAGUCCACCGACGGCCCCUCGCCGCUGUCUGCCGACGGCUUCGACUUCACCCAACUCCCCGACUACGACACCGACUUCGUCAAUGAAGACGACUUCUCCCGCUUCGACCAGGCCCUGCGUGCCCCCGACCCGUCGCCCUCCUCCGACAACCUCUUCUCGCCCCAGACACCCAAGCGAUCUGCCUUCAUCACCGCCCUCAAUGAUUGGCGGCCCGUACAUCAGCGCGUGCGGAAGAAGAAGCGACGCCAGCCCCGCCGCGGCGUCGACGAGACUCGCGAGGGGUUUGUUUACAACCUGCUGAAAUGGCCGCUGCUCUUCACCGUCUUCGGCUGGCUUUUCGUCCUCGGCGUCAUGUAUCUUUUGACGCGCGUGUAUAUCUGGCUGUACGAGCAGUGGAUAACAUGGCGGGGCACGCGUGAAAGACUGCGCAAGAAGCUGAACAGCACGGCAAAUUACCAGGACUGGAUCGCUGCUGCGAAGGAGCUGGACAACCACCUGGGCAACGAGAAGUGGAAGCAGACGGACGAGUACGCUUACUACGAUGCGAAGACUAUCCGGAGGGUCAAGGAUACGUUAAGCAAGCUGCGCGCCCAGGUUGAACAAGAGAGCUCUACUGGAAAGGGAGACGAGCACGUCAUCAACCAGCUUCGCGGUCUGUUGGAGGCUUGCGUCAAGAGCAAUUUCGUCGGCUUCGAAAACCCCCACCUUUACAGCGAGUCCUACUACGGCACGAAGCACCUGGUCCAGGAAUACGUCGACGAGAUUGAGAAAUCGCUCGAGCUUCUCUCCAACACCAACGCACUUUCGUCCGAAGACAAGCGAACCAUGUUCAAACAUCUAUCCACAAACUUUGGUCGCACCGCGCUCUGUCUCUCUGGAGGUGCAACUUUCGCGUACUACCAUUUCGGUGUGGCUAAGGCUCUGUUGGAUGCGGGUCUGCUGCCAAACGUCAUUACCGGCACGUCUGGUGGUGCGCUUGUUGCUGCACUCCUUGGUACGCGGACGGAUGAUGAACUGAAGAAUCUGCUAGUUCCUGCACUUGCAAACAAGAUCACUGCAUGCCAUGAUGACAUGACCACUUGGUUCAAGAGAUGGUACAAGACCGGCGCUCGUUUUGACAGUGUGGACUGGGCCCGCCGAUGUGCUUGGUUCACUCGCGGCAGUCUCACAUUCCGUGAGGCCUACGCCCGUACAGGCCGCAUCCUGAACGUCUCUUGUGUGCCGUCUGAUCCGCACUCGCCAACGAUUUUGGCAAAUUACCACACCUCUCCCGACUGUGUAAUCUGGUCCGCAGUCCUCGCGUCUGCCGCGGUCCCUGGUAUCCUCAACCCUGUAGUUCUGAUGAAGAAGAACCCCGACGGCACCCUUGAACCCUACAGCUUUGGCCACAAGUGGAAAGACGGUAGUUUGCGUACCGACAUCCCGCUCAAGGCGCUCAACCUACACUUCAACGUUCGCUUCAGCAUAGUCAGCCAGGUCAACCCACAUGUGAACCUUUUCUUCUUCAGCUCGCGUGGAUCUGUUGGACGGCCUGUCACGCAUCGCCGUGGACGCGGAUGGAGAGGCGGCUACCUUGGUUCUGCUAUUGAGCAGUAUCUCAAGCUUGAUCUUACAAAGUGGCUGAAGGUUCUACGGCAUCUCGAACUACUGCCGCGUCCUCUGGGUCAAGACUGGAGUGCCAUCUGGCUCCAACGCUUCAGUGGCACGAUUACCAUUUGGCCCAAGUCCAUCCCCAGCGACUUCUACUACAUCCUCACCGAUCCUACGCCCCAGCGCCUGGCUCGCAUGAUCCAUGUUGGUCAGCAAUCCGCCUUCCCGAAGCUGAAGUUCAUCGCCAAUCGCAUGAAAAUCGAGCGCCUGGUCGAGCAGGGCCGCCACUCCGCGCGUCCCGCCCGACCCGGCAUGGCCUCUAUCCUCUCUGAAGAAGACCUCAAGGGUCUCCUCCGUGAGGCUCAACGCAACGGCGGCACCGUUGCUCCACCGCCCGCCCUCGCCGCAGGAACUCACUCCGGGCCUCCGUCCGAAAGCGACUCCUCAUCGAGCCAAGUUUCGACACCGGAACGCAAGAAGAAACCCGCACUGCAUCUCGGUGCGAGCAUCGAGUCCGCUCUUGACGAUGCCAAGUCUCCGAGAGACACCAGCAGCCGCGAAGCUGCCAGCCCAUCAUUCUCCAAGCGUCUUUCGGGCUGGUGGUCGUCGCUGCAGCACAAGGCACCCGACACGCCGCGCGCCGCGGCUCUGCAGCGCAACGCCCGUCUGCGCGGCCACGGACCGUACACCACCGGCUCAGGUCAGCGUCCCGGCAGCAUGUUCGAGCUGCGUCCGCCCCGCGAGUUCGUCGAGGACGAGAUCUACCGCCACCCGCCGAGCCCGCUGCUUCAACAGCAUCACGCCGACCAGGAGCAGCAGCAGCACUCGUCGCAAUACGCUCACCUCAAAGACGAUUCCCCGGCUUUCGCUCGUAGGGGCAGCGGCGCGCGCGAGAUUUUUAGGCAGAGCAGGGUGUUCAUCGACGAUUCGGAGGAGGAAGGCGCUGCGGAAGGCCCUGGGGAAUGGGGCGCUGGUGGGAUGGAGGAGCCGGAUAUGGAGAGAGAGGAAGAGGCUGUGCAAAAAUUUUUGGGAACGGAUGAUGAGGGUGCGGGGCAAUCCAGCAGCAGUGAAGAUGCGGAUGAGAGCAGUGAGGGUGAGGACACAUCGUUAAGAUGGAGAGGUGCGAGGCGGCAGAGUCGGGGGACGUUCGUUGGUUGA